UCCUUCCACUUCGAGGAAAAUUAGAACAAACCCUACCCAAGAAUUUCAGUUGGUGAUACUGGAAGAUUCAAAGAAAAAGUUUAAAGUUUGAGAGAAACCCAGAGUCUUAAUCCGAGUUUGGAGGAUGGGUUCGAAGGAUGGGGAAGAACAGUGCAACACGGAAACGGAGGAAGGGACUGUGGCUCGCCAGAAGAAGAGGUCGCGGCGGGUGAGCUUCGCCGCUGAAAUCACUUCAGUUCACGUCUUCAACAGAGACGACGAAUGCGAAACCCCUCCGGAGUCCAAACCAAGCUCCGACUGCGACACUCCCCAAUUAGGGCUCCCUGAUGCUCCUGUCCUCCGUUUCCUCAAGGAUUUAGGCGACACUACUGACGACGACGACGACGAUAACGGCAUCGAAAACGAGGACGAUGAUGUGCAUCAGAGAAAGUCUUUCUUGCGCCCCUUUCAGUCUCCCUCCCCCGGAAGCACCAUUGGUUCUGCUUCCUCUAAUGAUGCAGACAAUUUUUUUGGGCCUGUAUCGGCGAGUUUUAUUAGACCCGGGAGAUUUUCUGACUCUGCAGCUUCGGAUGAAAAUCAUGAUAUUACUAUGGAUUCCACAGCAUUUUCCAUGCACUUUCGUAGCCUUGCAAGAUCAGACUCUGGGGGGGAACUCAAGACCCCAACAGGAGUUCGCCUUGCCUUUGAUGAGAAGACGCCAACCCAGAAUAGCAACCCUGACAAUGUAGGUAGUUCCAUGGUACUGACAGUGGCUAAGAAGCCAAACUCCCAAUCUUCUGAUAAAGCGAGUGCUGGUGCUGACUCUAAUGAGAUGAGUCUUGUAGGAGAAAACCCAAAUAGGUAUGAUUAUGGCAGACUGUCCCCUCAAUUGGAUGCUCUCUUGGCAGAAGGAAACAGGGAUUUGCAUGUUGUCUCUUUCUCUGAUCUUGUUAAUAGUCCAAAGUCUCCGAGCUACCUGAACAAGGUGAGGAACACUGGGAGUGGUGCCAUGGAUCUGAAGGAUAAUGGAGAUAUUGACGGAAACAACAUUGAUACCCAUGAGGCGUCUGCUAAGAAAGUUCCUGUUGCUCAUAUGGAAUUGAGUGAAACAAAUGCUGGUUUUAUGGCUGCUCCUAUUGACCAAAUCACUUCUGAUAGCUCACCUGACACGAAUGAUGGUCCAGCUACGAAUGCCUCCAGUGAUCACCAAAUCCGUACUCCUAAUCAGCCAGCUAAAGCCAUGACAUUUGGUGAGAUGAAGGAGUUUACUAGAGAUGCACAUGGAUUGAGUAGGUCAAAGGUCGAGUUCUCUGCCUUGAAUAGUGGCACUCUGUCAAAUUUGGAUAAUAAAAUUGUUCAGUCAGAUUUUUUAAUGCAGCAUGAAUGUGGACAUUUAAGUUCCGAUGAAGGGUGGGUAAAAGAAAGUUCUCCUAAAGAUGGAACUUAUAAGAACUCCAAUAUUGAUCAGAACGUUGAUCAACGAUAUAGAUCUCCAUUGGCAGGGUCUGUACACUUGUUAUCUGCUAAAAGACAGCAACAAUUUUUGGAUAAUGCUAAUUCACCGAGAAAUUCAUGGGCUGUUACUCCUUCCAAAAAUCAUCAUGGCUCAUUUUUAAGCAAUGAUCACAUGCGACAUGGUGACAGCGAGUCAUCCAUACAGAAAAGCAUUUCUAAGUUGAAAAUUCUUGAGGCUUCUUCCUAUGGUUCUCUUAGAGAUGGAAUUGGAGGGUCGAAACUCAGGUCAUUAGAUUACCUUUCUGCCACUCCUCCCCUAAAUGUUAUUCUGGAGGAAAAUAGCAAAGAUCCUCAACACAAACAUCUGGAUGUUCCCAUUGAUUCAUUAGAAGAGCAUUUAGGAAGUGUUGCACAGAAGGAUGGGAUUCUGACCCCAAAGAACGAAGGAAAUUUGAGCCAAACUGAUGAGACCACUGGCUUCCUUAAAGAUGGCAAAUCUCUGCAUCAUAUGUCUAUGGGCAUUCUUCAAAUGGAUGAAACUACUACACCAAUGGCAGUAGCACUUUCACCCACUCAGUUUACUUGGUCAGGCCAUAAAGUGCUGCAGCAUAACUUCACAACAGAAGAUACCAGAGAUGGGACACUGGUUAGUUCUGGAACUGAUUCUCCACUGGGCAAGAUCAUACUUGAUUGUGCUAGAGAAAAGAAAACAAGUAGUACACCUGAUAAGCUUGUUUCUUCUCGAAUGAAAAGGUUAGAAAAGAAGUUAUUGGCAUCACCAGAAUAUCAUGGGAGCCUCUCUAGGGAUUUGAAACAGCAGGAUCAGCAUAAUAAAUUUAGCUUUGGCUCAGGACAAGAUGGAAGCACAAUAGAAAAUUUUGCCAUUAACAGCCAUUCAAGUGCAACAGCUAACAAAUUGGACUCACCACACUUGGAAAGGAGAGGGCAAUCUAGCACACCCUUCAUUGAGAUUAAGCAUUCCAAAGAAUUCAGUCAAGUUACAAGGAUGAAUGACAAAGAGAUUAAUCUUCAUGAUCUGCAAAAUGAAUCUGGGGCAUUGAUGGACUUUGAAACACCUUCAAGGGAUAUGGACACCCUUAAUCAUCAGUCACCAAGCCCAGAAAAGAAUCUUCAAACUGGAGAAGAGUCAACUAGGCUUAAGAAUGAACUUCCUGGUGGAGGGAUAAAAGCUUCUUCUUUUCAUUCUCCUUCUCUGUAUGCCCAUAGAAGCACUAUAGAGUCACCUUUCGGAAAGAAAUCUGACAUUCAGACUAUGGUGGAAAAACCAAGUCGGGCCCUCCCCCAGAAAAAGCCAACUCAGAGCCCCUCCAAGAAAGAGCCAUACAAUGCAUCACAUGUUGAUAAUUUCCUUCAUUUUGUUGGAAAAGGCAUAUCGUCUCCUCAGGCCAAUCAGUUUACAAAUGUCCAUGGUAGUGGUGAUUGCUAUCAGGGACUCCACAUUUCACAAACGCAAUUUUCCAAACAAGAUGUUGAGAACUCUCCUGGACAAAAAAGAAGAAGUGAAGAACUAGUUCUCAAGGAUGUUGACAAUGAACUUGUCAGUAUUCAGAGGAGUCCAAAAAUUCAUAAAGGUGGAGGUCGUGAUUCAAGGUCCUUACUGGAACUUUCUGACAGAAGUAACAAACACACAGAGAGGAUGGGAGAUUAUACACCUUUGACGGAUUGGGCUGAUAUUUUCUCAAAAUUUUCAGAGGAUACAAAACAAAUUCUUUCUCCAUUGAUUGAUAACCUGAAUUUACGAGCGAUUAGCUUGCUAGAAGAUAUCUUACUUGACCUGCAGAAAGUUAGAGCGCAUGAGAUGUUUUUUUCUGAAAUCCAAUCUCAGAAAAUAUUAGACCAUGCAAGUAACCUUACACAUAAAAGAGCAGCUGAAACACGAUUUUUGCUGUCUAAAAUGGCAUAUGAACAGGCAAAACAGCAGUUAAUGUGUGUGAAGCGAGAGAAAUUGCUGGAAAGAGUACAACUAUUGAGCUCUGGGAUUCAGGAGUCUCAGAUGUUAAAGAUGAAUUCUUUCCAACGUCUGUCUCUACCUGGUGCAAGAGAUGCUCAAGUUGAUGAUGGUGGUCAUCAGUCUUGUUCAGUUAAUUUUGAGGGAAAAAUUGAGGAUGCCUAUGAUAAAGUGAGUGCAAUGAGGCAGGAAAUUGAAGCUUCAGAUAGAAAAAUAAAAAACUUAACCAAAUCCUUGCAGAGUUCUUGUAAGAUGAAGGGAAAACCAAGUUGUGCAGAAACUAUUCUAUUAGUUACUGAUCAUUUAAACCGUAGAACAUGUUGCAGGUUCAUACGUCAGGAUUUGCAGUUCUGGGAAGUUGAUGAAUUUGAGAAUAGGAAUUACCCUCACAGCUUCGUUCUCUGCUAUCGGAAUUUCAUGUUUCAAAGGUUCUCAUUAAAUGCUAGUCCUCUUUCAAGCAUAAUCAUUUCCAACAAAUUGAAUGAUACAAAAAUUGUGAAGAAUUUCCCAAACAUGGAUGCUUGCACCGCAUUUGCAUUUGUAAUAGAUGUUGAGACCACCAAGAAGCAUGUUGGUCCAAGAAGUUUGGCACAAGAAACACAAAUGACCAGUUCGCUGUUAUCUAAUCUACUAGAUGUGGUUGAGGAAGUACAACUAGCGCGACUAGAGCUUAGAAACCUGAGUAAGACAAGUUUUCAUUCUCCAUCAGUUGGGCAGCUUGAUUUGCACCUAUGCUUCAUUGAUUUGAAGAGUGGUAGGAAGGUGACUUUGAUUCUUGAUGUGACUUGUUUAAAAUGUGGGAUUUAUCCUUCGGAGCUCCUUCCAUCUCAGAUACAAGCUGCAGCUACUGGUACCCAUGAAAUCAGAGGUGCUGUUGAGAAUCUUAGAGCUGGAUAUCCUAGGAUUCUACGGCUUUCUAGAUGUGUUUCCCAUGUGAUUCAUGCUUCAAGUGGGUAAUCAAGUAAAGGAAGGAAGAAAGUUUAGAGGUCCAACAUUUUGUUGGACUUUUUCUCCAAUGCCUUGCUGGGCAAUUCUUCUGUUGCUUGAAUGUGAUUAUUUAUUCGAUUCAUUCUAUCUGGACAUGUAUUCCUCCCCCUCACCCGACAGAUUUUGACAUAUGCUUUUAUAUCUUCAAACUGUCAGUUGUAAAACAUUUCUAGCGUGAAAAGGAACGGGAUUGUUGUACGGUUGAUGAGAAUUGAGAAUUGAGAACUUGAAAGGUCAAAUGUGACUUUGCUUACCUUUAGAUGUUUUGAAA